CGUACUCGUAACUUCGGAAGUUUCGAAGUUGAUGUUUGGCAUAGGAAGUACUGUACGUAGCAUCACCAGUACUGUACAAGGUACUGUACAAGCCAUACCAUUCUACUUGUGCGCCAAGAACGCGAAGAAAAAAAAAGAUGGUAGUGAUUCAAUGAUUCAUUCGUUCUCCUCACAGGAAGAACGCAAAUCCCCACAAUGUUGCAGUGAAACGAAUCACAUCUUUGAUCCUUCCGAUCGAGCAAUACCACGAAUUAUUGUACCGAGAGAUCUGUUUCAACAAGAAGAAAAGAGGCCCGGAACCAUGGCGCACACCACUCAAAUACAGACGCAAGCACGAGCACAAGGACGACGCGGUCGAAGGCGGCGCCGGGGACGCGAGGCAACGGGCACGGCAACGCGAUUCCUCGCGGUGCUCGCUGCUCUCGCCCUUGCCCGCGCAUCGUGGCAUCACUGCGGUUCGAACGAGGCAACCCCCGUUGCGCAUGGGAACGAAACGCCGCGGUUCUCGACGGACGCCGGGGGAUUUGCCUUUGCCUUUUCGACAAGCCCCAUCCACAGAAAUCCCGGCGAUCCAAAAACCACACCGAGAACGACGGCGACCGGCCCUGCCGAAGGCCUUUCGUGGAACGCCGUCUUUGAUGGGCACCGCCGGCGGCAUUCCGCACACCGCAAGGCAUCGCAUCGGAACCGCGUCGGUCCCGUGCACCAAACAGCAAGCGACAACGACGAAUCGAGGUCGCCGUCGCCGCCAUCCGCCAUCAACGGAGCGAAACCAAACCAGAACGACACCGACGACGCAAUAGACGGACGGGCGUUGCUCUCUCCGUACCACCUUCUCUACCCGGAAAACUUUCGGAAAUUCGAUGCCCCUCUCGAUCACUCGGAGCCGUUGUUUGGAGCGCUCCGAUUGAUGAAGCAAAGCCUCGGCGUGUUCUUGGCGAAGGAGAACACCCCGCAGUACUUUCCGUUCUCGAAAUCGUCGCGUGCCAACCCCAGGGUGCUCCGAAUCGAACAACGAAUAUCGCACKGCGUAGAACCUCUGUGUUGGUUGCAAGCGCAGAUCGACAACUACUACCCGUCCUCCUUUGCCACGGAGCAGCAUCCGGCGUUCUACAUGGAGACCGCGGAAGAAACGAUGGAGGCCGCCGUGUUUGGAUCCAGCCGGACGCACCGGGGGCGGCUGGAGGACGAUGCCGAGUGGUGGGGAGAUCUCCCCGAGCGCGCCCGGGUGUACGGUGGAUCGCGGUUCGAUCCCGACAGCGAGCCCUCCGACGAAUGGAAAUCCUUUUCGCGCGGCUUCUGGCUGUUGCCCGCAGUGGAGGUGCGGCGAGAAAGGGUCUCCGGCGAUCCCGAUCGCCCGCCGUCGUUUGCCACCACGUUGGCCGUUCACCUCGUGGCGGACCAAGAGCACGGUUUCGCAGUGUCGGCCCGUCACGUAUUGUCGAUCCUGGAGGGUUUGAACGAGGCCAGUACGCCCGCGGUGCCACCCACCACUAUCCCACCCAUAUUGUCGCGGUCGUCUACGUAUCACCGUCGUCAACGAAAACGGCGAAAGACUUCCCCACCAAACGUGCUCAACGAAGGAGGAGCGGGCCCAACGAAAUCGGCGACAUCCUCCUCCCUGGACGCCCAGGAAGUUUACGAGCGCGGGGUCGCUUCGGCUCUGCAGGAAUUCUCACGGACAAACCACCAACACAACGGAACCAACGUAGCUGCCAGUCCCACGGCGACCAGCACGAACUCGACGGCUGAUGGGAAUUCUGACACCGCGCUGCUAGAAAAGGUUGUUUUGGCGAGACGCCUUGAUUUGCAGUUUGAUCCGGCGGUAGAGAACAACGUACAAGCCUUGGAUAUUCUGCGAAAAUGGAAAUACGCUAAUCGUCCGGGCGGUCAUCUCAUGUAUCUCUGUCCCGACAUUAAUGGCGACUACGAGUUUUUUGGAUGCACGCCAGAACGCUUGUUUCAGGUCGUUUCGUCUCGUGCGCCGCUGGAAGGGGAAGCCAAGGGCAAUGCGACGACGAUGGUUGUUUCGGAAGCCCUAGCGGGAACCCGAACGAGAGGAUCUACACCCCAGGCAGACCAAGAGCUUGCCCGCCAACUCUUUGCUUCGGCGAAGGAUCAAUCCGAAAAUGAAAUCACCGGACGAUUCAUCGUGCAAGCCUUCAACGAGUUGAGCGAGCGGGGAUGGCUCCGUCGCGAGACGACAAUAAAUAGCAAAGCCACCAGUAGUAUCGGAGACGAGACAAAAGAAGACACGCUGCAAGAGAAGGAUCUGAAGGACAAACCCACACUCGAUAGCAAUGGGUCCAUUAGAGGAAGGUAUUUUGUGCGACGGUUGAGGCAUCUCCAGCAUUUGUGCCAACGAUUCCAGUCUGAGUUGUCUUCCCCGGCGGUAGCGAGAGACGUGAUUGAAUAUCUUUUGGCAGCUCUCCAUCCAACACCAGCAGUUGGGGGGUACCCGAAGGAGCCUGCAAUGAAAUUCAUUCGCGAAUACGAAAGCGAUGGUUUUGAUCGUGGGUUAUAUGCCGGGCCGUUUGGGUUCGUUGGACGCGGAGAAGCCGAAAUUGUGGUAGCGAUUCGCUCCGGUCUUGUCGCUCGCGGCAAGGAAUCACGAAAUCAAUUCGAAUCCUCUUCGUCUAUUUUGGAUCAUAGACCCGUUAGAUCUAAAGUUUCCGUUUAUGCCGGUGCCGGUAUUGUUCCUGGAUCCACAGUACAGGGCGAAUGGUCCGAGACAUCGUACAAGUUAGGCGUGGUAUCCUCGAUAUUUCCACAGUCUCCAUUUACGCUUCAAAGCGCACCAACGCCCAACUCUGCUUGGGCAACCGCUUUUGUGGAAGAGUUGGUUCGAAACGGAGUUACGCAGUUUUACAUAUGUCCUGGGUCGCGAUCAACACCACUAGUAGCUGCAAUUGCAAGGACGGUGAGGUCAAACCUCGGUGUUGUUAAUGCCUUGAGUGUUCAUGAUGAACGCGGGGCAGCCUUUAGGGCAUUAGGUUAUGCUCGCGGUGUAGGACGACCUGCGGCUGUUAUCACCUCCAGCGGAACAGCGGUCGCGAACUUGUAUCCCGCAAUCAUUGAAGCUGGGAUGGAUGCAGUGCCGCUCUUGGUUUUGACUGCAGACCGACCGUACGAAAGUCGAGACACUGGAGCAAAUCAAGCCAUCGAUCAAGUAAAGGUUUAUUCACAAUCAUACGUUAGAUGGUUUCGAGAUAUCCUGCCUCCUCACGAUGAUGUUCCUAUUUCGGUCGCCUUAGCAGAUGCUGCGCACGGUGUUCGUUUGUCUCGUCGUUGCAUGGGACCGGUCCACUUGAAUAUUCAAUUUCGAGAAAAUCUGGCUCCUGAUGCGGGACCAAUCCGAAAUGAUGGUCGUAUGGGGUCCGUCACAAAAUUCGAUUCUUUGCGCUUUACCGAUUCCCCAGGUUUUUCCAGGUGGUCCUCGGGCGGAGAUAAUUGGCUUCUCUCCCGUUCCAAUAUGGGGAAUGUUGACCCGAGAUCUCUGUUGGAGACUAUUCGUCUGAUUAGUGAAUCCAAGCGAGGAAUUAUUGUGGUUGGACAAAUACGCAAACCUUCUGGGGAAAAUCAAGAAAAUGAUCCUUCUCGGACCAUGCAGCUCAUUACAAAUUUUGCGCAAGCCAUCGGUUAUCCUGUAUUUGCGGGUGUCCAAUCAGGAAAUCUGAGAUUCGAGAGUUCUGCUGUUGUACCUUUUGCAGAACAUCUCUUGCGCUUUCCCCUGGUCAAGAAGAACUUGAAACCCGACCUUGUUAUCCAGCUCGGAGCUCCAUUAAUCUCAACUGAAAUUCCUAGUAUCAUUAAACAGACACUGCACGAUGGAUAUUUGAACCAUGUUCUUGUGCAUCCCCACCAUCCAACAGAAAGGCACGAUCCAGAAUUUACCAUGUCUCACGUUUUCGAUUCUGACAUUGACUCGUUCCUUAUUGAGACGAUGAAAGUACUAGACAUUAAAGGUGGAAUUUCCCUUGGUAGCCAACUGGCUCCAAUGGUAAAGCUAGGCCGUUUGCUUCGGGAAGAAAUGCCAUCAAUUGUAAAAGAAGCUGGUACAAAGAUAAGGGAAGAGGAUUCGGACUUUCAUGGAAUGACUGAACCUGAGGUUGUAAUGAGCUUAUCCAAGCUUUUCACAAGCGGAAGUAUUCCUUAUUCUUCAUUCUUCUUAUCCAACUCUAUGCCCGUUCGAGAUUCCGAAGCCUUUCUUUAUCCCACAUGUGGUAACUGCAAAUCCAGUGUAGCAGAUAUAGCGGUCAAUAGAGGCGCUAGCGGUAUUGAUGGGAUCAUAGCUUCCGCUGCCGGGUUUGCUGACUCUACCGGUCGACCAACAUCGUUGAUGAUUGGCGAUGUUGCAGCAUUGCACGACAUUAAUUCACUGCAUGCUCUUCAAACUGACCCAAGUGCGAAGGACAACCAAUCAAACAAAGUCCAUCCCCUCACUACUAUCAUACUAAACAACAACGGCGGAGGUAUUUUUUCUUUUUUACCGAUUGCAAAACAUGGGAGUGAUGUUGCCUUCGAAGAGUUUUUUGGGACACCAACAAAUACCUUUUCGUUUGAGAAAGGUGCUCAGGCAUUUGAUCUUCCUUAUACCAACGUUAACUCAUCGGAAUCUUUUGAGAACGCUUAUAAAAUGUCAGCCAAGAGUGAAGAGUCUUCGAUAAUUGAAGUUGAAGUUGCAACACGCGAGAAAAACGUUGUGGUUCACAGAGAAAUAACUACUCUCACAAAAAAAUUUCUUUCAGGCAUCAUCAGUACAGAUACUCCAAAAGUCGAUGAACUGGAAUUAUUACCUCUGAAGCAUACUAGAAGUGGUGACUCGGAUGGCUGUCUUCCCACGGGUCUGGGAAAGAAAACGAUAGUGUUGUUGCACGGAUGGAUGGGCGACAACACAGAAUGGGAUGACGUCGAAUCAAAUUUGGUGGAGUCUUUACCAGAGGAAUGGUCAAUCAUCAGCGUAGACCUACCAGGUCAUGGAAAGUCGAAGCUUUGGACUUCUUCUGACUACUUGUCAAUUCAAGAAGCACUGGGUUUGACCGGGAAAAAUGAUAGAACUUCAAGAGGAGGUCUAGGCCUAGAUGAAAUGGCUCUUGCAGUUUGUCGAACAUUGAAAUCUUACGGAGUAGAAAAGAUCGACAGUUUGGCUGGCUACAGCCUUGGUGGAAGAGUAGCCUUAGCAAUGAAACGCUUGGCCAUGACCCCAUCCGAUAGAAAUUAUGCUGAUACAGCUAACAUUGUGAAUGAAGAAACAAAAAUGAUUUUAAUCUCAACGUAUCCUGGCGAAAUUGUGGGUACACGGAGUGAUUCACCAUAUGAUCUCGAUGACGAAAAUAUUGCUCGACUUCUGAAAGAUGAUCGAUUGGCCCAAAAAAUUGAAUUUCUGUCACGUCGCGGGUCUCUUUCUCCCUCUUCUCCUGACGUUGCUCCCCAAAUAUGGUCUGAAUUUUUGAAUCGUUGGUAUGCUGCACCACUUUGGGGGCAAUUGAGAACGCAUGAAGCAUACACCGAUAUGGUCAGCAGACGAACAUCAACAAUGUCUAAGAGGGGCGAUGACAUCGCAUCAGUAUUGCGGUCAUGUUCUCCGCCAAGAUGUAGUAACGAGGAUUGGCGAGGAGUGACCGCGAAGAACACACUAUUUAUUGCCGGAGAACUUGAUAAGAAGUAUUGCAACAUUGGAAGACAGUGGUUUGAUAUCGAACCAUCCUUAAGCUAUGUCGAAGUAUACAGAAAAGGGCAUGCUCUUCUUGUUGAAGCUGCCAAGGACGUAGCCAUUGCUAUAGACCAGUUUUCUCUACAAGAGCAAGACGAAGCUUCUCCUCUCGGUAGAAACGACACAAAGAUAUGGGAAGCAAACUUUAUUCCAAGUGUAAAGAAAACGGAACUCGCAUCAAAGUCUGAACAGAUCGAUCCACCGUCCAUCUGUUCGAUUGGAUCAUUGGACUUUGAAUCUUUCAACAUCAAUCUUAUGAAUGAAAGAGCAGAGAAACCGGGUAUUUCGGGAAUAGGUUGGGGUUUAGGAGCCGAUUCGAAGAAUGAAGGUUUAAAAAAGCGCUUGGGCUUUGUUAUCCAAGUCGCAUCAAAAAAUGGUUUACAGGUUGGCAUCGGCGAAGUGAGUCCAUUGGACAAUCUUCACACGGAGUCCUUUGAAGAUGCAGGCAACCAGCUCGAAACCAUUGCAAAUAAGCUCUCGAAUAUUCAGUCUGAAUCAAUUCCUUCUUUUGAUGUCGAACGAAUUCUUGCUGUUGAUGGUGCUCUUGGAGACUACAUAGAGUCGUUGUGCUCUGUCUUGUCCAUGGACGAUUUAUUUUCUUCUGUUCGGUCUGGUUUGGAGAUGGCAAUCCUGUCACUUGCUUCGUCCAAAGUUCGAAGUCCAAUCCACCAAGCUUUAGUUUCAAAUGCACCAAACUCUCGAUAUGUGUCGUCGCACAUUUCUACUCUUCCAUUAAAUGGUCUAAUUACGCGUGACCAACCUACAUCUACAGGUACCAAAGAUCAGAAAACUCGGUAUUCUUCUUGGAAGAUAAAGGUUGGGCACCAGUCGCUCGCGACAGACAUCCAGGUCUUCAGAAACACCCUUCUCGACUUAAAUGGGGACGAUGGACGCAUCCGUGCCGAUGCCAAUAGAGGAUUCAAUCAAUCGUCAUUUUUCGAUUUCGCAAGCGCCCUGAAUAGUCUCGAAAUCGCACCAUCCGGUGGGCAACUCGAAUACAUCGAAGAACCGCUGGAAAAACAGAUUGAAGAGGGUAGAGAUUGGGUCCUAGAAAACCAAGUCGCGGCAUUGGAACGUUCCUUCGAUGAAUAUUCUAUUCCUUAUGCACUGGAUGAAAGCAUUUACGAUUUGUUGCUGGUUCACAGGAACAACUUUUCGGCAAUGAAGGAAGAUCUUCUGAAUGUUUUCCGGGAGGGAACGAGAGGUUGUGCAGCAAUCAUUUUGAAACCCUCGCUCCUUGGCCUAGAAAUGUCCCUUCGCCUGGCUCGCUUUGUUCGAGCGGAACUCGGUAUGGGUGCCGUCUUUACGUCGUCGUUUGAUUCUGGCAUAGGUCUUGCCUACGCUUCGUUUCUUGCGACUGUUUCGGAUGCCUCGCCGUCCAAGACUGACACGCACCAAUACCCACAUGGCCUGAGCACGUUCGAAGUAACGGCCAGCGACAUAAUUUCCCCGUCCUUUGGAUCCUAUGUCAGUCAAAAKGGCGUGCUGAACGUCGCCUCCCUCUCUCGUGCAUUCUUUGGCCUCGGUUUGGACGAAAUCCAGUCCGUUUCCCCGACACCUCUUGCUCGCGAUCUGCCUCUUGUGGAAAAACCGAUAAGCACCACAACCAUUCCGGCGGAAGCCUCCGAACCGGUGGCAUUGUCGAGCAGCGUGGAUCCCGCUUCGGAAUUCAUGGCGGACGAGUUCGAGGCUUCUACUUCUGCCAGCAGCACCGGUCGCGACAUUGUUCUGGUGGCGUCUCUCCCCCUUCCCUUCAGCGCCGAGGUCGCCUGCGCCCGAUUUACCGAUCUGCCCCAGCAGCCCCGCUGGUCUCCGUGGCUGGCAUCGGUUGCCUACAUGGACAACAGAGAGGAAACCGAGUGGACGCUCAAGGUGCGCGGGGUCAGUUUCCGGUGGCGUGCCAAGUCGGAACUGGUCAGCACCCCGUACAGCGGCAUUCGCUGGGAAUCCACCAGCGGCCUGAAGAACAAGGGCGUGGUUCAGUUUAUUCCAACGCGGGGCGAUCGAACCGCUAGCGGUUCGUGCUCCAUCAACGUGCAGAUGGCCUUUGUCGUGCCCCGCCUCCUGUCGAGUCUCUUUCGCGGCACCAUCGUCGAGGACUUUUUGCGCAACAAGAUCAUGAAGUGGUCUCUAGAAAUGUUUCGCGACGUGGUGAAGGGAGACCUGGCGCUCGAAGAAGGAAACCUAGAGCUCGGGGAUGCUUUGUUUGGAGCCGUAGAAGGGAAGGCUAGUGCCAUCGAAGCAACCCUUGCUUCGUCUAGCUUGCCGUCUUCGAGUAAUGACCAAGAGCAGUAGGACGCGCUCGAUAAAGGACUGCGUCGGCCUCGAAGGAACAGAUGUAAACACCUUCUCCUCGUUUUCUCCACUUUAGGUAGGAAUAGCAAGGUUGUGGUAAGAAAUUUGUACGACACCAGUAAAGCUUCUUCUUGCAUCAGUCGUAAUUCAAUUGAUAGAAAUCAAAAUAUAGCAAUACC